AUGUAUUUCCCAGGGAACCCUUAUACCUGUUAUCCAUGUGCCGAGAGUGAAUGGUCUGAUGAGGGCAGCACAACAUGUAAGAGACGUUCUGUCGUCUAUCUUCAGUUCACAGAAAUCUCCUCCAUUCUUGUCAUAUUUUCUACUGUAUGUCUGAUUACUCUGCUCAUUUUCAUCUUUUGUCUGUUUGCCUACAAUUAUAACACACCAGUGGUGAGAUCUGCUGGUGGCAACAUGUGUUUCCUUAUGUUAGGGUGUUUAGUAAUGUCUAGCAUAAGUGUGUUCUUUUUCUUUGGACAACCCACAUCUGUACAUUGUAUCCUAAGAAAUUUCAUGUUUUUCUUUUUUUUCACCAUCUGUCUAUCCUGUUUAACCGUCCGUUCCUUUCAAAUUGUCUGUGUAUUUAAAAUGGCUGCAGGGUUCCCUAUAUUGCACAGUUUGUGGGUAAAGCACAAUGGCCAGUGGCUCUUCAUUGUGUUUUCUACUUCUGUUCACUUUAUUUCAUGUGUAUUAUGGGCAACUGUCUCACCUGACCAUCCCGUCAAGGACUUAUUGACUUUUAAUGACCAAAUUAUGCUGAUUUGUGAAAGGAGAAACACUGUAACCAUGAGCCUAGUUUUGUUCAUAAGUUGGUUUCUUGGUUUCCUGUGCAUUUCAUUUUCUUACAUGGGAAGAGAUCUGCCAAAAAGUUACAAUGAGGCCAAAAUAAUAACCUUCAGUUUACUUUUGUACUAUCUCAGCUGGAUUACAUACUAUACAAUAUAUCUAACUUUUAAAAGCAAAUAUGUCCUGCUUUUGAAUGCGUUUGCCCAAAUAACCAGCAUAUAUGGAAUUCUCUUCAGCUAUUUCAUACCAAAAUCCUACAUCAUGUUGUUUCAACCAAAGAAGAACACUGCUGCAUACUUUCAAACAACUAUUCAGAAUUACACCCAAACCAUUAGUAGAAGUUAAAACACACCAAUGAUGCAAUGAUUGCAUUUAGUUGCUACAGUAUAAGGUAAAAUGGACAUUUGGCAAAAAUCAGUUAUUGGACAUUUUAGCAAGUUUUUUCUCCUUGAUAGGUACACUGCUUAGUAGUUGUUUCUAAAUUUAAAAGUAAUCAUUGUCUGCAUUUAUAGUCAUAACAAACUUAUUAUUAAAUGAUGAUGUAUAAUUUAAUUUAUUUAGAGUUUUGUAUAGUGAAACGUUUGUUGACCACAAUCAAAAUAUGUUAUUCCUGAUGCAGUUUAUUUCAAAGUAGUGAGAGGCUGAAGUUACUAUAUUGCUAAAGAUAACUCAUUGUUUUCCACUAUGUUAAAUAUAUGCA